AUGAGCAAGAAGAAAGCUGGAGGCACACGCCCCUCCUCAAUGCGGGACCAGGGCGAUGCUCCACCCCAGCCCGUUGACCAAACCACUUGGCGCUCCUUGCAAACCCAAGAUACCAUGCAGCAAAGCAUCUCCUCUCUCCUUGGCCUGGUGUGGCAGCGCGUGGAGCACCAGAUUGAUGAGCUUGUCGUCGAUCGCAACGUCAAAAAACACGCCGUGGCCGAAGCCGCCAACAUGAUGAAGUUUGUCAUUGAGACCAACUUUGUCAACGUGGAUCCCGGAGAGAGUGCAGAAGACCUCGCAUCAGAUAGCUGGCUCCCAGGGGCUUCCUGCCCACCCGCAGACAUUGACACCUGGGCUCCUGGAAACAUGACAAUCAUAUCCCCCAGCGAGCUGGAAGACAUUGAACAGACUGACCGCCGCCGCCUGAUGGCCCUUCGCCAGAGUGCCCGCACAACUGCCAAGGCGCGCUUUGUGGCGCAACAGAACACGGCCCGUCCCAAAUCGGGCAGCAACAGCACCCGUGUGCGCCCCGUACCCCCCGCGACCACGCGAGCCCCGGAUGCCAAGGCCAUCAGUCUACAUCGUCGCCUCGAGACAGCCGGCACUGCUGAAACCACCGCUAAUCACACACCUGCGCCCCACCGCCCAGACCACGCCCCACAAGCACAUCCGCACACACGCCCUAGUAGCAAACCUACCAGCGCCAGCAGCCAAACCCGCCAGCACUCGGCGACCUCGGCGACCUCGCGCAACGGCUCACCCCCCAGAGACGCCAAAUCCCGGCGUAUCAAGUCUGCCUCAACCUCGAGGCCGUCCUCCCAAACCCUUGCGACCGCCCACCACCCCGCACCUCCAGUGGCGUUGGACAAACCCCGCACCGCGUCUGCAGGGCGUCGCCGCCCAAAGUCGGGCCGCAGCAUUGGCACUCCAGAGAACCUUCCAACCAAACCCGCCUUUGCCGGCAAUAAACUCGACAAACUACCUGCCAUCUCCCAGUCCUCGUGA